UUAAUAAUCAAUUUAGGUGGUUAAACAACGAUCUGUAUACUCACUUCAUCUGUGAGAAAGUUCCAAAUGGUUGGGGUUACAGAGAGGUUCGUGCAAAUAGAAACCACAGGGUACAACUUUUCCGAGAAAAUCAACAAAUUUCGCUUGGGAUUAAGGGUGUCCUACCAAGUUCUGAUUACCUAAAAUAUGUCUAUGGACCUGCGGCUUUGCGUCGAUCCUUUGCGAGUGAAGUUAUAUUCAAUGGAGAAUUACGAUUAAGAAAUGAAGAGUGGGCAAAAACAAUUAUACGUCUAAGCGUUCUUAAACUGGAUCAAGAUAAGCAACAAGCGCGUGGUAUAUCGUGUGAUGGAAAUGGACGCGCAUUUCAUAAUAAGAAGACCAUUACAAAAGAUUUGAAAACAGGGAGAAUAACAUAUGAAGUUUCCGAUCCCAAACUUGACUGCAGCUUCAGUCAAGGUCAAGGUGUGAGAGUUAAGAUUACAAAUAAAGCUGACUUGACGAAUACACCGGGUCUUUACAUUGUUACAGAAAAAGAACAGGGUAUCAGUGAUGCUGUAUAUAUAUUUGUUAUUGGAAGUGAUGGAUGGUCGAAUUGGUCGCCUUGGUUUGAAUGCAUAUGUGAUACUACGAGUGGUGCUUUCAAAAAGUUUCAGUACCGAAGAUGCGAUUCUGUCAAUUUUCCAAAUGUUUGUUCGGAGGAUAUCGAAACAAGAUCUAAAGACUGUACACAUACAGGUGGAAAAACGUGUCAGGUAAGAUGUGUACUCGAUGAAUGGGGUCCAUAUCAAUGUUCGCCGAGUUGUGGAAAUAAUAUCCAAUGCAUCCGAUCAAGAAGCCCAGCCCCAGGCAGUGGACCUUGCGACCCCUCAAAGCUUACCUCUACGACAAGACAAAGUUGGCCAUGCCCUUCAACUCAAACACCGCCAACGACCGAAGCAAGCAGUCCGCCCACUGAAGGUAACCAACCUGUUGUCAGUAACCCUCCAACUACAGACAACAAACCUGCUGAAACUAACACACCCCCUGCUGUCAAUAACUCUCCUGCUGGAAUUAGCCCAUCUGUUGGAAAUAACCAACCUGGAAGCAGUAACCCUCCAACUUCAGACCAACCUGCUGAAAAUAACCCAUCUACUGAAAAUAACGCACCUGCUGGAAAUAACCAACCUGCUGGAAAUAAUCAACCUACUGUUGGUAGUAACAAUCCAACCACAGAUAGAGCACCUGCUGGAAUUAAACCAACUGCUGGAAAUAACCCUACAACUGGAAAAACCCAACCUGCUGGGACAAAGCCCCCUCCAGGGAAUGUUAACCCCGGAAGCACAGCAGCAAAGACAGGUCCAAUCGUUGGAGGUAUACUAAUUGCGGUAUUAAUUGUGAUCUGUGGUGCGAUUUUCAUGAUAAGAAGGAAAUUGGGGGCAGCCAAAUCUCAAAAAGAAGCAGAUCAACAG